AUGCCUGCUAGAUAUGGCGUCGUGCGGCUGGUUCGUUGGGCAGCUGAUAACAAGUUGUAUGCUAUGAAAUCCGUGGAUAAAUGGGCGCUCAUAGAGAGGCGGAAUACGGGAGAUCAGCGUGUGGUCCAAAGGUUGGCCGAUGAGCGCGACUUCUACGCCUCUGCUUCUCACGACUGUCCAUUUCUGGUCCAGUUC